AUGGUUUCACGCGCAGAGGUCCUCGACCACUCUCACACACGCUCUCUUUCUCAGUCUCGAGCCGCACCCUCUGUUGUUUCUCGCACCUCGCGAUCGAGACACCACCACAAUCGAGGCCGUUCGCAUCACGGUGGCUCCUCUCAUGUGCCGCAGAACGAGUUUCCCUUCUUCUCACAAACUGGAGAUGUCGAGAUAGUUAUUGCCUGCGAUGGACAAGAGAAGAGAUAUCUGCUACACAGUUUGACGCUGGCACAAUUUUCGGGUUUCUUUCAAGCCAGCACAAGCGAAGAAUGGUCUCGAGGUCCAUCACACCAAGCUGGCCACAAUCUCUCGUCUCCAUUACGAACCGAUCAGGCCUUGAGUGUCAUCGGAGAGGAGUCUUCCCAAGUCAGCUCGACGCCUGGCCCCUCCAAUCCUGCUCCUCAACCAGCACCGAUACCACCAGCGGCUUUGGGUCAGAGAAGGAGAUGGAGGUUUGAACUCGACUGGGAAGAUCUGGAGGAUGAUGAUGAACCCAUCCUGGUUCAGAAGGCCCCCGAGGGCCAUCUCUUUACUGCUGCCACGGCGCCGGCGCCGCCACCACUUUCUCCCCCAGAACGUCCAAGGCAUCAAGCCAUUCACUCGUCCUUCUUUCGUUCCAUGGCCAACCUGGGCCUCUCUCACCGCGGCCCAGCAACUCAAUCCAGUGCUGAACUUGCAGCGCCCGCUCCUGAUCCAUGCCAAACGAACCCGCUGCUCAGAGACUAUGACAACUUGUUUCGCAUCUUCUACAACUAUGCUCCAGUUCUAAACUCGUCCAACAUCGCCUCGGCCUAUUCGGAAUGCAAGGCUCUCCUUUCACUGGCAGACAUGUACGACGCCAUUUCCGUCGUUGGACCUCGAAUCGACCAUCAUCUCUUGCGUUUCUCGUCCCGGCUAUUCAAGCAGAUCGCAAAAUACCCGCCGUCGUACCUCAAACUUGGCUACCUCGCACGAAGUCGAAUCAUCUUCUCCGAAGCUCUAACCCACGUCGUAGGGCAAUGGCCAGGCGCCCUGCCCCAUCUCAAGCCGCCCAACCACUCUGGUGCAGGAUACGAAGUGCCCCAGUCAGUAAUUGAUUUGAUUGAGGACAAAGUCGACGAACUCGAAGAGUUAAAGCACAAGGUCGAAACGAAGCUGUUUCGCUUGACUCUGACCACGACCCGUGGUGAAAGGGUAAAUCCGUCAAACGACUACCUUGGCUGGCUGGCCGUUAGCCUUUGGCGGCAAUGGUUGGCAGAAAAUACGGCGCCCGAGAUUCGAGGGAUCUUGAAAAACAGUCCGAAUUCGCGACCCGGCAGCGGACAUGCGAACCCACAGCCCGGACCAAAUGGCCGCCCUCUGCCGCACGGCACCAACGCUCAGAACGCUAUGCCACCGCCUCCCUAUCAGCCUCAUGCGCCUCCCCUAUCGCCGAUCAACACGGGCCGCAUCUUUCGCUUGAUUGGUUCUGCCAACCCUGAUACUUUUCUCGCUCACGAUGAGCUAAAACGAUUCCUCAAGCUGACGCCCCCUGGAUCUCCUCACUCUCUCUACAGCCGCGAAAAUCUCCGGAGAUUCGAGCGGAAGAUUGAUGAGAUCAAGAACGUCGCCAGGGAUAUUGUGAAACCGUUGACCAGGAACUGCCUCGAACUGGAUUUGAGGAGCCUGAGCGACGGAGGAGGCGGAGGGUUGGGGUACUUGACCUGUAUGAGGUGCGAGGAGGACGAAUUGCCCUGGGAAGUUUGA